AAGAGAUAAAGCAAAUUCCGUGGAAUUAUCGUAGGAAUCUACCAAUCUGACAACUGAAUUUCUCUGUGUCAACUUCACGUGCAAGGUUGUCCUAACAAACCCAUCUCUCAUUUUUAACUAAAAACGAGAAAAGAGAAUCAAAAUCAAGCUUUCAGCUCUUAAAUUGUAUCUAUCCAUGGCUUCUCCUCCGAGAAAACCCCUAUCUCUUGGCUUUUGCAUGGUCUCGUUGAGCUUCUUCUUCUUCUCCUGUUCUGUCUUAGCUUCUAGAACUUUCCCUUCAGAUACCGACAAAGUCGAAUUGGGUCUCUACUACGAGUCAUUGUGUCCGUACAGUGCCAAUUUUAUUAUAAAUUAUUUAGUUAAGGUCUUUGAAGAUGAUGACCUCCUCUCGGUCGUUGAUCUUCAUCUUUACCCUUGGGGUAAUGCCAAAAUCAGAAACGGCACCAACACCACCUUCGAUUGUCAGCAUGGUCCAUCUGAAUGCUUGUUGAACACUGUGGAAGCUUGUGCUAUUGCUAUCUGGCCUGACGUGGUAAGCCUUGGUUUCAAUGUAGUAUGA